AUGUCCGAAUUAUCUUUUGACAGCCAAGAACCGGAGACAGUCCCCUACUGCCACGACUGCCCUCCACAAUACGAACUAUGCCAGCCAAGCCAAGAUGUACUCACCUCUGUCAUUGAAAAUGAGCAUGCUCGCCGGACAUUACUCAAACGGAUAAAUUGUCUGGCGACAGAGUUCCUCGACAACUUCGAAAAGAAGAACCCCACCGACACUGAUUACGCUCUGCUUAUGGAGCUAUUUCUGAAUAUGAAUCGGUCAUAUACAGAGAUAACGCAGAUGGGUAGAGAGCUGGCAAAUGUUUAUAAGGAACGCAUCGGUCAAAACACCGAACUCUAUACCGCUUUGACAAGACUCACUGUUAGUGAGUUCGAACGGACCUAUGCUUCUUUAAGGCGGGAUCCAAAUCGGCAGAUACGACACGAGCUAGCUCAGGACCAUAAAGACUGCGGCAACUGCUAUGACAGAAGUUGUGGAUACAUUUCUCAACGCUCUUUGGGAACCAAGCAAAUGGAGAAAAAUGGAGAUAGCACGUGCGACUCUCCGUGCUCUUAUGACAACUUCUUCGAGCUCUCGGCAAAGAUAGAUGAGAUCAAUGACAAACUUUGCCAAAGCACUCAAUCCAAGGAUACCGCCAGUGUUUCGAAGACGACUGAUGAUGCUCCCGCAAAGCCACCCAGGAGCUUUUGGAGGACCAUUUUCAAGCACUCAGUUCGGCUUUAA